AUGGGGAUGGAAGUUGCUGAUGUUUGUAUGGAUAAGGAGCCAGAUUGUGUCGUGACGUAUUCCGGUGAUGUUUCCCAGGAUUUAAGUAAUGGAAGUACAAUCAAUAAUCAGGAUGUCGCAGAGUCCUUUGUGCCAAUUAUUGGGGCUCCGGAACCCCGCUUAUUGAAAGAGGACGAUGAAAUAAAGGAAUAUGAAGUGAAGGAAUGUACUACUGAAAGCCCAGUGGCGAUUUCUGAAAUCUCUCAUGUUGAGAAAUGUAAGAAGGAGCAAGAUAAGGUGAAAACUGAAGCCCAAAAAUCAAAGGAUAAUAGCAAGAAGUCAAGACCCUCUUCCAAACCUGCAACCAAAUCUUCUGUUGGAAACAUUCGAGCAAAGUUCACUGUUCCACAGCCUUUUGCUUUGGCAACUGAAAAGCGUGCUACAUGUGGAAGUGGAAGUCGUCCUUCUGGGACUGAACCUGAUACUGUGAAUAAAUCAACUCAAGCAAAUGGUUUGCGACACCCAGUUGCUUCAGACCAGAGUAAGCUAGUCUCACCUUCAGUAGCAAGGAAGCCAUUGCAACCUGAUAACAAGAAGCAUCCUGAUGAAGACGACUCAUGUUCUGUUGUUUCCUCGUAUCCUUUUAAUGAUGGGAGUUGUAGGCUUAAUUUGUUUUUCUGGAAAACUGCCACAUCUGCUCCAGUUUUUAGAUCCACUGAACGUGCAGAAAGACGGAAGGAGUUCCAUUCAAAGUUAGAGGAGAAACACGAAGCACUGGAGGCUGAGAAAUCUCAAUGGGAAGCGAAGACCAAGGAAGAGAAAGAUGCUGCUAUCAAGCAAUUGAGAAAGAGUUUGUUGUUUAAAGCAAACCCCAUGCCAAGCUUCUACCACGAGGGACCACCACCCAAGGUUGAACUAAAAAAGCCACCACCAACUCGUGCAAAAUCACCAAAGUUGGGCAGAAGGAAGAGCUGCAGUGAUGGAGUUGGGUUGUCCCAUGGAGACAAAGAGAUAGGAGGUUGUGGUCAAGGAACUCGUCACAGUCUUGGCAAUUACAGAGCCACAAACCCUGCUGCUGCUAUGAACAGGAGAGAGCGGAUCAAUGUCCAGAAUGGUAAUUUUACUUACAAAUUUAAAGAUGAUUCCAAAGUAUUGGGAGAGACAAACGAGGCAGUUUCACUUCCCCCCGAGAUGAGUGGACAGGGGACUAUGAACAUUGCUGUUCAGUCUUGA